AUGGAGGCCUUUAAUUAUAUGGGGAAUCAUCUGGUUUCAGACUCUGCUUCUACGAUCAAUGCUGGAGAUGACAUGUCAACCGUCGACGGAGAUGAAAGUAUCUUAAAUAUGGCUACUGGGCCUCGGAGGCGACGACAUGAUGAUGAAGAGGAGAUAUCAGAUAGUUUUGAGGAUGAUGAUUUGGAAAGCAUGGCUAGCGUCCCUGUGGAUAGAGCCAGCAAGGCCACCACUUCCAAACCCGAGGAAGACAAGGAACUACCAAUUCAUUCUUGCGCCGCGCGUGGCAACACGUCUUCCUCUCAUAUCGUCAAUCACCUAGUUAGAGCAAGGCAUAAAGAAGUCCAACUACACCCCGAAUCAUCACUUGGUGACACGAUUCUCGAAUGCUACAACUGCGGGACCAAAAAUGUUUUCCUUCUGGGCUUUAUUCCUGCUAAAUCAGACACUGUUGUGGUACUGCUUUGUCGACAACCUUGUGCUGCGAUGCCAUCUUCGAAAGACAUGAAUUGGGAUACUUCGCGCUGGCAACCUCUUAUUGAAGACCGCUCUUUUUUGCCUUGGCUCGUGAGUUCUCCCUCUGACCAAGAGCAGCUUCGCGCUCGACAUCUAAGUCCUCAAAUGAUUGCGAAGCUAGAGGAGAUGUGGAAAGACAAUGCCGCAGCUACCGUUGAAGAUCUGGAAAAAGCAACUGGCGUUGAUGACGAACCUGCGCCAGUUCUCCUUCGGUAUGACGACGCAUACCAAUAUCAGAAUGUUUUUGGUCCUCUCGUCAAGAUCGAAGCCGACUAUGAUCGCAAAUUGAAAGAGGCCCAAUCUCAAGAUGGUCUGGUUGUACGCUGGGACCUAGGACUGAACAACAAGCAUCUUGCGAGCUUUGUUCUCCCAAAGCUAGAACUUGGCGAUGUGAAGCUAGCAGUUGGCGAUGAAAUGCGGCUUAAAUAUACUGGAGAGCUGCGGCCUAAAUGGGACGGCGUGGGAUACGUCAUUAAAAUCCCGAACAACCAGUCUGACGAGGUUACUAUUGAAUUGCGAACCAAGGGCGACCAUAAAUCUGUCCCCACCGACUGCACACAUAAUUUCACAGCUGACUAUGUUUGGAAAGCGACGUCCUUUGACCGUAUGCAGCUAGCCAUGAAAACAUUUGCUGUUGAUGAGAUGAGUGUUUCGGGCUACAUUUUCCAUCGGCUUUUAGGGAAUGAAGUUGCCGCUGGGCCUAUGAGAACUCAAAUGCCUAAAAAGUUCAGCGUACCAGGCCUCCCAGACCUCAACAGCAGUCAAACCAAUGCCGUUAAAAGCGUUCUUCAGAAACCUCUGAGCUUGAUUCAAGGACCUCCUGGUACUGGAAAAACUGUCACUUCUGCUAACAUAAUUUACAACUUAGCAAAAAUAAACGGCGGCCAAGUAUUGGUCUGCGCACCAUCUAAUGUUGCGGUUGACCAACUUUGUGAACGCAUCCACAGAACUGGCUUGAAGACCGUUCGUGUCACUGCCAAGUCUCGAGAAGAUGUGGAGUCUCCUGUGGGCUUUCUUUCUCUUCACGAACAGGUCCAUAACAACGACAGCAAUAUCGAACUUGUCAAACUCAACCAACUGAAGGCUGAGCUGGGUGAGCUUUCCAGCCAAGAUGAGAAGAAGUUCAAACAACUAGUUCGUGCUGCGGAAAAAGAGAUUUUGAGCAAUGCGGAUGUUAUUUGCUGUACUUGCGUUGGAGCUGGCGAUCCUCGCCUCGCAAAGUUCAAAUUCCGAACCGUUCUUAUCGAUGAGUCUACGCAGUCAGCGGAGCCCGAGUGCAUGAUUCCACUCGUCCUAGGAUGUAAGCAAGUUGUCCUUGUUGGCGACCAUCAACAGCUUGGGCCUGUUAUCAUGAACAAGAAGGCGGCCAAGGCUGGACUUAACCAAUCCCUGUUUGAGCGCUUGGUCAUCCUAGGAUGUGCACCUAUUCGGCUUAACGUACAGUAUCGCAUGCAUCCAUGUCUCUCCGAGUUCCCGUCAAACAUGUUCUACGAUGGUUCCCUGCAGAACGGAGUUACCGAAUCAGAACGUCUUCUAAAAGAUGUUGAUUUUCCCUGGCCUGUGGCGCACAAUCCAAUGAUGUUCUGGUCAAAUUUGGGAAAUGAAGAAAUUUCGGCAUCAGGGACGUCAUACCUCAACCGCACAGAAGCUGCCAACGUGGAAAAAAUUGUCACCAGAUUUUUCAAGGCUGGCGUAAAGCCUUCCAGUAUCGGGAUCAUCACGCCUUAUGAAGGACAGCGUAGCUAUGUUGUCAGCUCGAUGCAAGCGACUGGCACCUUCAAAAAGGAGCUUUACAAAGAAAUUGAAGUUGCGUCAGUUGAUGCGUUCCAGGGCCGAGAGAAAGACUACAUCGUGCUCUCCUGUGUCAGAUCUAACGACCAUCAAGGAAUUGGAUUUUUGAGUGACCCACGUCGGCUUAAUGUCGCUCUUACGCGUGCCAAAUAUGGCCUGGUCAUCCUAGGAAACCCGAAAGUUCUGUCGAAGCAUCCUCUGUGGAACUAUCUUCUACUUCAUUUCAAAGAAAAGAACUGCCUAGUGGAAGGUCCUUUGUCAAACUUGCAGGUGUCUCUUGUCCAGUUCAGCCGCCCGAAACAGGCCUAUCGGGGACCACAGCGUUUCCAGGUAGCCUAUAACCACGCAUCCAAUAUGGCCAGUGGCAUGGUCAAUGGCAGGAAUGGCCAUCGCGGUGACUACCACGACACAGGAUCUGUGGCCAGUUACAUCCCAGAUGAUGUCUCCUCAGUUAAUUCGUCUGCUGUUGGAGGCGUUCCUAUUCCAUCUGGAUAUCCUCAUGUAUUCCGGAGCUUUACUGACUCCUGGCCACACCUUCCACGCCACCGUCGCGCUAACGGAUCUAGAGGCAAAGGUGCGUCUAGCGUUACUGGCGAGUCGGUCGCAGCUUCUGAGUCCGACGUCACGGGCAGUAUCGUUGGACAAGGAGGUGUAAGCCUCUCUGGUUUAAGCAUUCAUGAUAUGAAUAAGCAGGCAAGCAUGAGCCAGUCUGAUCGUUUGAAACGCUAUGUCGAAUCCGGCAGUCGUGGAGAGCCAUAUAAACCUGGACCUAGUGAUAACGGCAGCAUAUUUGGAGGAAGUUCGGCAAGCAUUCGUGUUCCUCGUGGCUGCCGUGGUAAUCCAGCUGAUGACGACGAUGCUCGCAGUGUCUCGACAGCCUUUGCAAGUCAAAUCGGUGGAAACUACGACUGAGAGCGUGCGUGCCCAUAAUCCUAUCACUAUCGACUAGGAACUCUACACCUCUUGCAGAAGUGAAUGUGAACUUCGCGAGACACAUCCAAGAUGAAAAUGCUUUGCCCGAUGCCCGACCGACAAGAACUUUCAAUACAUGUUGCUCUCUCCCUCGCCCAUAGUCUAUUUGCACUUGUUCGGAGCAUACCCUUUUGGCUCGUGGCCCGGCUACAGUGGCCCGACCUCACUUUUGGGUCAAACCGAGUUCUUCAUGAAUCUAUGAAGGCUUUAUGCCUUAAAUGCAAGCUACCAAUGUGACGGAACAUGGUACACAACCAUGCAGACACUACUUGUCACUUGUUUCACGUGUCUCUUGGUGGUUUUGAUGAAAGCUGGCGCCAGGAGAAAUGCCAUGCAUGUCAUGUGGUGUGGGUGGAGGUUAAAACUUUCUUAUCCCUUUGUGCGUGUCAGGCGGUGAACUGCAGUUCUGGCAUGCUGCUUCUGUUGGGAGAGGAAAUGCUAUUGUUGUAAGGCAGCAGUGUAUAUUCGUGUCUAGUAAUGCUAGGGGAUACAUUCGCGUGAAGAGUUCGAAAAGUGCUUGCGGCAAAACCUACGACAGAACACUUAUUUCAACUUGAUGAUGUAUGUGGUUGUUGAUGGGGAAAAUUGCGUAUGCGCAAGAUGCGUUUAUCUUACUUUUAUUUUUUUUCUAGUUUUAAAUUGACCAGGCAAUAUAGCUACGUUUGAUUUCCUCCUCGCUGGUGAUCAACUUGAUGCGGGUUACAGUGGCAGCAGUUAAAAAUUUCCCGAACAGGCCAAGAAAUUUUGAACCAUGAUGUUGUUGGCGGGAUAAGAUUGUCUACUAGUAACCGGUGACGCUAAUCUGAGUACCUACCCUAUGUGGGUCACUUGGUAUAGAACAAGUGUAGAGAAUCUCCAACAAAACACCAAGGCCGCGUAACUAUAUUUUCACACAACUUGUACCAAUUUCACACCUGUCCAACAUGUCGUCUAACUAUAUCUUGUUAGAACACUUAGGUAGAGUGUUCGCUCUAGAACAGGUUAGCCAAAUGUUCGACUUGCUGUACAGGAGGCCUUUUGCAAUUGUCCAUAGGGCUGAAAUAAAGUUAUGU